AGCAUCGCUGGCCCGAGCAGGGCUGGCAUCCCGGGAGGAAUCCCCCGUGGGAGUCUCGCCUCCUGCCGCGCAGCAGAUGCCUCCCCAAGUCGGGCGUCCCGUGCUCGCCGCGGCGUCCACGGCAGAGGCGCAAGCGGCUGAGGUCGACGACGUCAAUGCGGACGUUGAGAACCACGAGCUGGAACAGGAGUUCCGAGCAUGGCUGGGUUCGCAAGGUGAGGAGGAGGAAGAGCUGACAAGCCCGAGCCGUGAUUCAGACUAUGACUCCGAUGAGGCUCGAGAUGGCCUUGGCGAGCUCUCUGGAGCCUUCAACAACACCAUGGCGGUAAUCUUCCUCGUUGACACUGCGCGUUCCAUGUCAAAGUGUGAUGUGGCCGGCACGACCUUGUCUCGCGUUGAGGUGGUCAUCGAUCUCAUUCAGCGCUUCAUCAAUCAGCAGCGCUCUGCCGGAGCUGCCCAGGACAGGUACACUCUCGUAACGUUCGGCCAGGUUCCGCCUGGGUGCAAGAUGGAUACGGGUUUAUACAAUGUUGUGUUCGCCGAAGAGAUGCCCGAGGCAGCGAUCGAGAAGUUGGCUUCGGCAACGAUUGUUGCUCAUCAUGGGUCAAAUUACGACACGGCCUUCCGAGCCAUUGAUGAGUUGGUUCGGACAGAUCGAAGGACGCGAGUGCUCAUGCUAUCAGAUGGUAACCCGGUCAUUGGAUCUACAGCACUCCAUGGUUUACAAAGAACUGUGGCUCGCAAUUCACAACUUGAUGUGCAUACACUUGCUAUGGGGGCCGGCGAUUUUUCUAUUCUGCAGCAAAUCUCACAGAUCGGCCGUGGUACGUUCAGCUGUGCUGGGAUGAAUAUCGAUCGACUUGUGAACACAUUCACAGCCGUAAGCAAAACUUUGACCCAGACACGUGCCACUGACCAGGCCAGUAAGCGUCUUACACGCGAAGUGCGUUUCGAGAACGCGUCCAUUAAGCUUUUCAAGUCGAAGUACCAGAUUGCAACACGUUACACGUUCUCUUUGAAAGGGAGGGAGCCAGAAGUGCAGAUGGAACGUCGGAAAACUAUAUAUUACCAAAUCCGUCAGAAUCCUUUCAUGUUGGGUGGCAUGCGCAUUCUUCACCGAUUCGUUGACUGUGACAUCCCCUGGCUUCGCAUGGUCGCGAAGUUCUCGAAGUACGAUGAGGACGGUGCCUCUUACGAUUACGUCAAAACUUUUGUUCUCAACACGUUGAAGGCGCGCAUGUAUGGAAACAGAUUCCAUCGAGCUGUAUGGAACGCCUUUGGAACACAACGCGAGCCAAGGCGGCUCGUUCGUGUCGCGCAGUGUUUUGCAUAUGAGUCGUACCACGAGUGGUUCGUGGCCGAGCCCUUUCUUCAAGGAUCAGAGUCUGGAUUCUUCAAAUGGGUCAACAAUCGAGGAGAGAUUCUCAUACCAAAGACCAGUAGCCAAUACACAAUGGCUGCCGAGGCUUUUGCACACUUCUCGCUGGAUUCCAGCAGCGGUGAGCACAUGGUGUCCGACAUCCAGGGCGUUCCUCGUGGAGACGGGGACGCUUUCUGCAGCUUGUCGCUGACUGAUCCUCAGAUUCUGUCUCGAAACAGGUCUUAUGGUGUUGCCGAUCUCGGCACCGAUGGGAUGCAGAGGUUCAGGUCACUGCACGUCUGCAACAGCCUUUGUCGCAAGCUGCACUUGUCGGCCUUAUGUGCUAUCCCGUCUGUGCCGCGGACGCACGAUGCUCUCGCUGGGCGCCGCCAGAAGGACCCUAUCAGGAAAGGACGGCCGGAGGUUCAGCCGCCUGAUCUACAGAGCGUGGAGACUCAUCGUCGAGGCCGUUCACCGGUAGCAUCACGCGCCCAACCAGGGUCUGCCACAAAGCUCAGGGACGAGACGAUUACAGCAGAGGAUCUUCUCUUUGUUCUCCGCGGUGAGCCUCGCAGACUUCUGUUUGUGGGUGAGUACACGCACGGCUUUUCCGCUGCAGCAGCGGGCAUUGUGCGCAGGAGUUUCGCAGAGACGAGGGACGUCGUGAGUUUGGACUGGUGGUCGACAGCGCUGAACUGGCCAACGAGCGAGCGCGUCAUGAACGAGCUGAAGGCUUGCAAGCAGGCGUUAGAAGACUGCGGAGUGCGAGUGAUGAAAGGUAUCGACGCAACCCGCAUACGAUUACAAGUGGCAGGCUUACAUGGUGCCAUCUGGGUGAUGGCAUUUCCCUCGCACGCGCAACAGCGCUCGAGUAGUGUUUCCAUUCGUGUGGACAUGCAGGCCAAUGUGGAAGGCUUCGUCAGGAGUGCUGCAAGCCGUUUGGAUGAGCAGCACGGAAGGGUCAGUGUGAUUUUCAUGGCCAUGCAACAUUUGGCUUGGAAGUUACCGCUUGAGGUAAUCACCACCAAGGGCAUUUUCAUGCGAGAGGUGUUUUGGUUGGAGCUGGAACCCUUCCUUCGCCAGGGCUAUCGCCCACGCUUCGGGGACUCCCGCGACGCCAGUCGAAAUGCGACCUACCAUACCCACGACGAGGUGGUGAUCGCACAGUGGCGGCUCAAGGGCGGGCCACACGACACCCCGUCCGGCAUGACUGACCAGCGCGUGCGGAGCGUGAGUGCGAGCCGCAGCGCAAGUCGCGGUGCCAGCCGCGGUGCGAGCCGCGGUGCCAGCCGCGGUGCGAGCCGCGAUCGCAGUCCGCCUAGGCGGUGAUGGCACAGAAGGGUUAGCCCGCUUUUGUCGAAGAAGGAAAUUGGCGUACAAUAAACUCUCGGAGUUCUGAGCGCUCCGGCGGCGCCUCCGGUUCUGUCGUAAGAUAAACAUGGACCUUGGCGGCGCCUCUGGCGCUGCGCGCCAGGGAGUGGGGCUCAGCCCCGAUCCAAGAAAUCCGCUCGGAGCUCCGAAAGUUUGUGCGUAUGCCGUUUUUGCUUUUCUAGCUCGGGCAUGUCACCAUUUGCUGGUGCGGUAUGCGGCCCUGCUGCUGGCUGCACCGUGCGUGGGUGACUUGAUGACGCGGGGCUGGCGGAUGCCGAGCACACCUUCCCGAGAGGCAUCCUAGCAGUGCCGACUCGAGGAGGAGGAGGAGGAGGA